UGUCACUUCCGUUAGGCAAAAUGUUAGCUUUUUUGUGAUUGUUCUUUUACUAAAUGUUAUUUCAUUCCCUUAAACGGUUAAUUACGUAAACAAAAUGCCUUUGGGAUAUAAACCCAUCUGUGCUUCUUGCAAAACAACAACAUCGGCAAUAUGGAGAAAAGGGGAAAAAGAAACUGUUUUGUGUAACUCGUGCGUUGUGAAAGGUAAAACCAAUGGAAACGGCGCGAAAGAUGGGAAUGGGGCAGAAGGAGACGGCGUAAACCUCCAGGGUGCCAAGUCUGCAAAUGGUAACAAUGGAAAUGGAGGAUCAAACAUGGCUGGUCCCAUUUUGAGAAAAAGUUCCCGUAUUCGUCCAAGAAAAAGUCGCUUUCAGGCAGCAACGAAAACUUUAGCUACCAAAGGGAAAAGCAGAAGAAUAAUUUUUAAGAAAAGUCAACCUGUGAAGGCUCCUAUUGCUGUUUCCACCAUAGUUACAGGAGAAAGUAUCUUUCAUGAUGGCAUGUACUACCAGGUAGGGGAUGUGGUAUCUCUCGUAGAUCACGAUGGCUCGGUGUACUACGCACAACUCCGCGGCUUUAUGCAGGAUCAGUACAGCGAGAAGAGCGCAGUGAUAACGUGGCUUCUACCCACUCAAGGCAGUCCACGGCACAGAUUUGAUCCAUCCACUUAUAUAUUAGGUCCUGAAGAAGAUCUUCCGCGCAAACUGGACUUCAUGGAGUUCGUAUGUCACGCUCCAUCGGAUUAUUUCCGAGCCUACCACGCUCCAUAUCACACCGUGACAUCCGACCACAGCCUGUGUUACGUGUGGACAUCAAUGGGCUCUCAGGUGCAGCCUGUGCCGGCGUUUGACGAAAUGUUUCACAUACAGCCAGUCCCACGAGCUGGCGGAAAGGUUGCCAAGGAGAAAACCGCGAAGGACAAACAUAAAGAAAGGGAGAAAACGGAUUUAGCUAAAGUUAUAAAAACUGAAAAAGAGGUUUCAUAGCCGUUAUUGUAGGGCUUGGUGUAAGAACAAUCCGCACUGUAAAUCAUGAUGUUUAGUCAGCUAUAAAAGUAUUCGUGAACUU